ACCCCCAAUCGACCAAUGCUUUCGAAGAGCUCCGUCUAUAAAUAGGCCCUUUGAUUCUUCAGUAAAGACUCGCAAGCAUUUGGCAUUUCUCAAUUAGUGCCUUAAUAGCCAAAGGGUCAAAGCCUUUCUCGUCGGCCGUUGGGUUCAUCUAUUAAGGUCAAGGAAAUGGACACCUUCCUCUUUACCUCUGAAUCUGUGAACGAAGGUCACCCAGACAAGCUCUGUGAUCAGAUAUCUGAUGCAGUACUUGAUGCCUGCUUGGAACAAGACCCUGAUAGCAAAGUUGCCUGCGAGACUUGCACCAAGACCGACAUGGUAAUGGUCUUUGGCGAGAUCACAACCAAGGCCAAUGUAGACUAUGAAAAGAUCGUCCGAGACACCUGCCGUAAUAUAGGAUUUACAUCCGAUGAUGUUGGCCUUGAUGCUGACAAGUGCAAGGUCCUGGUCAACAUCGAGCAACAGAGCCCUGAUAUUGCUCAAGGUGUCCAUGGCCACCUGACCAAGCGGCCUGAAGAGAUUGGUGCUGGUGAUCAGGGACACAUGUUUGGUUAUGCCACUGAUGAGACCCCUGAGUACAUGCCGCUCAGCCAUGUGCUUGCCACUAAAUUAGGCGCUCGUCUGACAGAAGUCCGCAAGGACGGCACAUGUCCCUGGUUGAGACCUGACGGCAAAACCCAAGUAACAGUAGAGUACUACAAUGAUAAUGGUGCCAUGGUUCCAAUUAGGGUGCACACGGUUCUGAUCUCGACUCAGCAUGACGAGACAGUUACUAAUGACGAGAUAGCCAAGGAUCUUAAAGAGCAUGUUAUUAAGCCUGUCAUCCCUGAGAAGUACCUUGAUGAAAAGACAAUCUUCCACCUCAACCCUUCUGGUCGGUUUGUUAUUGGCGGGCCUCAUGGUGAUGCUGGCCUCACUGGUCGUAAAAUUAUUAUUGACACAUAUGGUGGUUGGGGUGCCCAUGGUGGCGGGGCCUUCUCUGGGAAGGACCCAACUAAGGUCGAUCGCAGUGGUGCCUACAUCGUUAGGCAGGCUGCCAAGAGCAUCGUUGCCAAUGGCCUUGCUCGUAGGUGCAUAGUUCAGGUCUCGUAUGCAAUUGGUGUGCCUGAGCCCUUAUCUGUUUUUGUCGACACUUAUGGCACUGGAAAGAUCCCGGACAAGGAAAUUUUGAAGAUUGUGAAGGAAAACUUCGAUUUCAGGCCUGGCAUGAUCUCUAUCAACUUGGAUUUGAAGAGGGGUAACAACGGGAGGUUCUUGAAAACAGCAGCAUACGGCCACUUCGGAAGGGAUGACCCUGACUUCACAUGGGAAGUCGUUAAGCCUCUCAAAUGGGAGAAGCCACAAAACUAGAACUGCUAUGUAUCGCCUAUAGACAUUGAAUAACAGCAUUGUUGCUGCUGCUGGUCGUGAACUGAAGGUCUUGUUUAUUUUAUCGUCCCUUGUAUGAUUUGGUUUUCUUUUAACGUUUGUAGCCUUCCUUAAUGUUUGUAUUUGACCUUCCUUAAAAUGAGAUAUAUAUGCAACCAGUAUUCACCAUG